AUGUUGGAAGAAUGUGUCAAUGCGCAAAUCGCGGAAGAGAAAUACGACCUGGAUGCGAAUCUCAACCUGCUAAAACUUUACCAGCUGAACCCGACGAUGUAUAAAGCAGAUGUGGUAGCGAAGAUUUUGAUCAAAUGUGUUAUGGCUCUUCCGAAAUCGGACCUUGUUCUGGCGAAAUGUCUCAUUGACCAGUCUCGGACUGAUGACAGACUUGUGAAGUUGAUCCUCGAGUUCGGAAACCUUUUGGAAGUGUGCCAGUUUCGUUCUGUUUGGAAGUUACUGAGGGACAACCCUGAUACUUUUGGCGAAAUUCGAGGAUUUGAGGAUUCGAUACGUGAUUUUAUCUGUCACGUGAUCAAUAUCACCUACCAGAAUAUCGACUACAAUUUGUUGAAGGAACUGUUGGGCAAGAUUGAUGACGAACAGGUUACCACUUACAUUAACAAGAAUAACUGGGAGGUAAAGUCAGACUCAGUGGUUUUUAUUACCAAUCAUAUGGCCACAAUCAGAAGUAGGAAUAUCGAGGAGAAAAUUGAUCCUUCGGGUAUCCUGGAAACGCUUAGGGCUGCUGCUUAA